AUGGCCGCGGCUUCGACUGAGCCGCUCCUCGGCGGCGAAGUGGCGGCGGACGGAGACGCGGGGGUCAGCGGCGGCGGCGGCGACGACGACCUGCGCGAGCUCCCGGACCAGGCGCUGCAGGGGACGCUGCAGCGCAUGCAGCGGGGCGUCGACAGGGGCAUCGCAUCCCGCCUCCCCGACGGCGGCAGGAUAUACCGCCUCAGGCUCCUCGCCAUCCGCCGCGAGCUCGAGCGCCGCCAAGCUGCUGCUGCACUCUCGGCACCGCCCCCGCCCCCGCCGUCGUCGUCCUCACAGAGCCUGCCACCGCGCCAAGGCCAGCACACGGAAGGUGUCCGAUGUGAACCGGUUGUGCACUCAAGCUGUACGGAACCAUCCGAUAUACAAGAGACGUCUUCCUUGCCUGCGCAGAUAGAGACAGCUGCAUGUCCAUCAGAGCCACCGCCGGAUGUGCACCUCAUCAAAACAGGGCCCUGCGAAGACUCACCGUUGCCAGCUCCUGAAACUGCUGAUGAUUUGGAGACCACACCACUCUCCGGCGACCACCCAUUCUUCACCAUCAUCCUGUCCAGAUCACAAGUUCAGAAGAAGUUUCAGCUGUGCAUUCCAGGUCGCUUCCACAAGCACCUCCCCAAGGCGUGCACAGCCGCCACCCUCAUCUGCCGUGGGAAGUCAUGGCCCAUGAGCUACCGCGGUGACCUGAAGGUGAAAAAGCUUGAUACAGAUUGGAUGGACUUCGCUGUCGACAACCAGCUGCAGGUCAACGACGCUUGUGUCUUCGAGCUGGUGACUAGCACCAAAGAGGAGGUGGUGUUCCAUAUGCAGAUACUCCGCGGCGGCCUACCGGAGGAGAUCAUCUCCAAGGGUGCCACCGCAGAGAAGCCCAUUAUAGUGGACUAGAGGUAGAGUAAGGAAGUGCUUCUUCUCGGAUAGGGCACAUGAGACCAGGAGCUUUUGCGCGGCAUCAAAACCUCAAAUCCUCGCAUGGUCAGCUUAUUUUUGGCCAGUUUAUUGGUAGAAUGGUUUAGGAAGGUAUGCAUGUUGGAUUCUGACCUUGUAAUGACCCAGAACAAUUUCCAAUGAUAUCAGGAGCUUGCCUCCUUUUGGGAGCAAUUUUUUUUUAUUAUGUGCAUAACAAUUCAGUUAUUUUUAUGUAU